AUGCCGUUGCAGAGGGCUAAACUAGUAGGGGCCUUGAAGAGAUGGAAUUUGAAGUCCCCCAGAUCACCCAGGGAGAGAAUCAAUUGGGAGUCGGGGAUGGUCUUGCCGGAUGCUGUUUCGGACUUCCAAGUUGGCUCCGACGAUGCCAAAGAAUUCCCUACCGAUGUCCACAAAGGAUUCAUAGCUGUCUAUGUUGGACAAGAGCUCCGGAGAUACGUAAUCCCUGUCUCGUAUCUCAACCAUUCGGUGUUCAUGGCACUCUUACAGAAGGCAGAGGAAGAGUUUGGCUUCACCAACAAUGGAGGUAUCAAGUUGCCAUGUGAGGUUGCUGUCUUUGAGCACAUCCUUUGGCUUCUUAAAAACCAAUGA